AUGAGAGUGUGCACGAUUGUGUUCGCGUUGUUGGUGGCCUUUGUGGCGAGUAUGGCGGCUGAGAACGGCCCUCUGAUGGCCGCCCUCCAGCCUGUGCCCGUAGACGAUACUGAAGUCAUGGUCGUCCAGCCACAAGGCGUCCGGGAGAAGAGGAGUGCAAUUCUUGGUGCUGGUCUGCUCGGCGCUGGUGCUCUGGGUCUUGGCGCUGCUGGUCUGGUUGGUGCCGGUCUGGUUGGAGCUAAGGCUGGUUUUGUUGGUGGUGCCCUAGCCGGUGGUCUGCUGUCCCACGGCAGGAGCUACGGUGGUGGAUACGGCGGUGGCUACGGAGGUUACUACGGUGGCGGCUACGGCGGCGGUUACGGCGGACACUACGGCGGUUACGGCGGCGGCUACGGAGGCGGCUACGGCUACGGUGGUCACGGACGUGUCUACAGGAAAGUGUACCUUGUAGAAGAACCCUGGUGCUGA